AUGGGUGAGGAGAUCCUGUCACCAACGUCAGACCCAUCACAUACUCCGCCACAAACACAGAAAGAGGCACUACAACCUUCAAGAUUACGGAACCUCGACAAACCAAUCGACCUAGCAGGCAAGAGCAAUCACGCCCAGAGACGGUUUUCGCAGCCAAAGAAAAGAAAUAAUGAGGGGAAAGUAAUUGGCAAUGACGUGUCAAGCAAGGCAAAAAGGACAGGCUUGAAUGUGAUCACCGACUUCUCGAAAGGCGUUGAGGCCGUCACGAAUCUCUCAAAACCGCAGACACACACUCAAAAAUCCGCGAAUAGACCUCGUGCAGAGAUGGGGAAAUCGCAAGGAGAGCUGAAUUCAUCCCCACGGCAUCAACGCUCUGGAAAGAACCUCAAAGGUUCGGUUUCGAAAAGCAGAUUGGAUGACCUCAAGCGGUCGUCGACGAAAUCUUCAAAUCUUUCUCCUUCGGAUAGAGCCGUGGUGAUUGGCUUAUCGAUCUCGCCGAAAGAAAGCCCAGAGAAGGAGAACAAUCUGGGCUCUGAUCUACAUGCGCAAGAAAAACGGCAAUCUCACACACCGUCAAUCAUCGUAACCCCUGCUAAAGACGUCCCUCCAUGGUCUCCUCCCGAUCGGACUCAAGCUUCGCCUCCUAGUCGAACAGCCGCUUCGAGUGUCUAUUCGCAAAUGCCAGCGCCUGGCAGCAAACGGUUCGCUGGAUCUAAAGUCCCUCCUGUGCCCCCAUUAUCGUUGCGAGCUGGCUCAAAGGGUGAGAAUAAGCACGAGCAGAAGGUGGAUCGAGAAAAGAUUACCUCAAAUUGCACAAUCUUCGACGAGGAGUCUAGCCCGGAUGCGACGGCAGGAUUUAGGCCAGGCUCUCGAGACUCACAACAGCACAUGCUCGCUAAAACAGACUCCGCAGACACCUUAGCAAAUAAACGUCAAUCUCAGGGCUGGUGGAACAUCAUAAAGUCACCAUUCUUUCCUAAGUCGCCAAUGAGCCUCAAAUUUCGUUCCAGCCCUCAGGUUGAGGACGCACCUCCAAUUCCGACACCGACAAGGAAAUCUCCACCAAGACAUAGUCAGAAAGCUGAGAUUGUGGACGACAGCCCUGGUCGAAAUCGAAAGUCCCAAGUUGCCGUUAGCGCGCAUACAAGCUGGACUGACUCAAGCGUGGACAUGGAGGCAGAAAGAGGCCGAAUGAGCUUUGGUGCGCCAAUAAACAGCGGAGUUGAAGAUUUGAAGACAACUUCUAAACAAAACAAGCCUGAAUCUUACGUGGCGCAAAGUCCGUUCCAAGGACUAGGAGCGUCAUCUGAGUAUUUCGAAGCUUGCUUAUAUGACAUGCACAGCACUACCCCGUAUUUCGAAUGUCAGAACCAUCGCUGUUGGCCUUCUACUUUAGGCAUUGGUGGUUAUGUACCAAGAGGUGUCGAUGGGCCUCAAGCGCCGCCAAUUGCAAGAGGCAUGGCAAUAGAUCCUGCCGCAUCACAAGGUCCAGGAGAGGCCAAACAUGAGCUGACAAAAGGGGACAAAUCAAAAGAAGAAUCACCAAUUCCCUCUGCUUUGCCAGUACCUACCAAUCGCUUCUCGGCUUCUUUUCGCGAAGCUACAGAUCCUAAGGCCAAGGCCAAAGCUAGGCCCGAGAGCGAGACCACGAUGAUUGAGGAUCUGGAUGCUACCCCAGAUGUUCAGGAGGCUAGGGCUGCUCCAGUAGUGAAAGCCCCCGAGCCUGUGCGCGCUGUCAACCCGCCUCCAAGGAAGGAAUCGCUUUCUCAAGAGCCUUCAUCGAUUCAUGAGUCCCCUUACUUCAACAAACCUGCCCCAACGCCAAAAGCCUUGCCGACACCUCCACCAAGACUACCCGCGAAAGACACUACACCUGAGAACAAACGCGAUUUUGAGCACGAGACACCCUCGCGCAAAUUCAUCUCUGGUCUACCUCCCAAUCCUAGGCACAAGACAUACGAAGAACCCUUCUCCCCUACGCCACCUACACCUACUCCUCAAGGCCAUGACGAGACACCCCACAGAGGUAUUGCUAUGACUGAAGUGUCUAAAUUGCACUCUUCGAGAGAAACAAGCCCGUCAGGCGCCCCUCAGAGCUUCCACGUAACCAACCACUACUAUCCGGGUUAUAGUAAGCGUGGCUCUCGUUUGACCACGACUGCAGACCUUUGGCCACCACCGCGGCCAGCUCGUCCUCUGAGGGAAGAUGAGCCAGCCGAUUAUCUUUGGCAGACCAAGGAGAAACGUGACCAACCGCCAAAAGAACCAAUGAAAACCAAAAUAGUAACACGUCUGAAAAGGCUGCUUCAGGGAAAGCAAACACCAGCCCGACGACGAAGCCAAAUGAAACAUGAGAAGAAAAGAAAGCGGCUGUUGAUCAUCGUUACUCUUGCACUUAUCUUGCUCAUCAUCCUCAUCUUGGUUUUAGCAAUGACCUUGACACACAGAGGGGACAGAACGCCUAUUGAGUCCCAGUGGCUCAACAUCACUGGCUAUCCACCCGUACCAACUGGUUUCUCUACUGUAGCCCAGCCGGAUCCAGCUCAUGAGGAGUCAGGAUGUGUACAGCCAACCACUAUGUGGAGUUGUGCAUUGCCAAAGGAGGAUCAACAGGCUAUUCAGCCGAAUGCUCCUAACCAGCCAAACUUCAGAAUCGAAAUCAGGUUUCAGAACGGCACGAACGCAACGACCGGGAACGCGUCUAGGUUAAGUACGAGGGCUCAUACGGCCACUAAUGCAGUUUCUGCCAGUAAUAUGAUCCGUACGAAGCUACUUAGCAUACGUGAUACACUUAACAGCGGUCUCAGCUCACCAUCUCCCUCACCUCCCAAUCAAGAAGACGAAUCAUUCCUCGGCGACACGACCGACAAAGUUGAAGCGCCCUUCGACGGUGAAUUCACGCCCUUCUACAUGACCUUUCACCCUGCCACAACCCUACCGUCUCGCCUCGUAAGACGUGACGACUCCUCCGACCAAUCAAGCUCAAAUUCAAGCAACCAAUUUCCCGAUCUCUCGACCUCAAUUCCUGAUGCAUACACAAAUCCAGACGGCACGGCGUCUCCCGCUUCAAUGUACCCCUACCCAUCUUCCCAGCCCCUCCGUCUCUUCGACCGCGGUCGCCCUUCCGAGCACUACGGCUUCUACACAUACUUCGACCGCUCCAUCUUCCUAAAAUCUACCGCACCUCUGAACGCCUCUACAAUCACAGGCAACACUGAGCCGACAGAUCCCGACGACGGGGAUGGCGGAUCUGAGGAAAGAAGUGCCAGCGUCCGCUGCACUUGGGCACAGACGCGCUUUCUCGUACAGAUAUGGACUAAUAAGGGGAGUCCUGCUCCCUUGCUCCAGGGCAAUAGCACGUCCCCUUCUCACCCAGACAAUCACAGUGGGAACAAUGUCACACACUUGAGAAACGGUACCGAUGUCUCCUCAGCAAAUGACUUUGCUCGCCCGGGCUCCUUUCCCUAUCCCAUCUCUAUAACAUUGGAUCGGCAUGGUGGUGAUAUCGGCAAGAAAAUGAUAUACUGCUAUGGACUAGAUAAUGAUGCAAAACCCAUUCCGGAUUCCAAAAGGAUACAGCUUGAAGAUCGUGCAUUUGGCGGGAAAUUGGAGAAUCCGGCACUAGGACCUUUUGGGGAUGUGAAGGUCUCUACCAAGGAUGGGGGCCCCGGAGGCAUUGAUGGGGGAAGUGGAGGAUGCGGUUGUACAUGGCAGAAUUGGAAAUGA